CGCUGAGGCUGAGGGGGCUGCGGCCGCCCUGAGGGCUCCUCACCGCCCCGUUCUCCUCAUGGCGGGCUGGCCGUUGCUGCCUGCCCUCCUCCUCGCCCUCCUGGGUGCCCAGCCGUGCUCCUGCGGCAGGGCUCCAGCCUCCUCCCAGUCCGUGACGGCCCGGCUGGCGGCGAAGUGGCCGGCGACCCCGCUGCUGCUGGAGGCGAGUGAAUUUAUUGCAGAAGAUGGUAAUGAGAAGUUUUGGCAGUUCUUGGAAACUGUACGAGAAUUAACAGUUUAUAAGCAAGGAGAUUCAGAGCAUUCCUAUUACAAUUUAAUCUUGAAGAAAGCAGGACAAUUUUUAUCCAAUUUGCAAAUCAAUCUAUUGAAGUUUGCACUUUCCAUACGGGCAUAUUCUCCAACUGUUCAGAUGUUUCAGCAGAUUGCAGCUGAUGAACCUCCACCAGAAGGCUGCAGUGCAUUUGUGGUUAUCCAUGAGAAGCACACCUGUAAGACUAAUGAAAUAAAAAAGCUGCUGAAGAAGGCUACUAAGAGACCCAGGCCAUAUCUUUUUAAGGGAGAUCAUAAAUUCCCAACUCUCAAAGAGGACGGCCCAGUGGUUGUUCUUUACGCAGAAAUGGGUACGAAAGACUUUGUCAAAUUCCACAAGAUUUUAUCUGAGAAGGCGCAAAGGGAGGAAAUUGUUUAUGUUCUCCGACAUUAUGUACAGAAACCAAGUUCCAGAAAAAUUUAUUUAUCCGGAUAUGGUGUAGAACUUGCAAUAAAGAGCACAGAAUAUAAAGCAGUAGAUGACACACAGGUUAAAGGGGCAAAUGAGACAAAAGAAGAGGAAGAUGAUGAGGAGGAAAGUGAUGUCCAAGGAUUUCUCUUUGGCAAGUUAAAACAGAUGCAUCCUGAUCUGAAAAAUAAUCUGAAAGAGUUUAAAAAACAUCUAAUUGAAACUACUAACAACAUGGAACCGCUGAAGGUUUGGGAGCUACAGGAUCUUAGUUUUCAAGCAGCUGCUCGAAUUAUGUCUACCCCUGUUUAUGAUGCCUUAAAGGUAAUGAAAGACAUAGCACAGAACUUCCCAAUAAGAGCCAGAUCACUGACCAGAGUGCCCGUAGACAAGAAAAUGCGGAAUGAAAUAGAAGAAAACCAGAAGCAUUUUCAUGAAGUUCUUGGAAUCCAACCUGGAGAAGCACGUUUGUUUCUAAAUGGCCUUCAUAUUGACCUGGAUUUUCAUGAUCCUUUUAGUAUCUUAGAGACUCUUAAACUGGAAGGAAAAGUGAUGCAUGGCCUUCAUGAACUGGGAAUCAAAGAGGAGAUCCUGACUAAAUUUAUGAGGUUGCAUAUACAUCCUACAGAUGACAGUUAUGCGCUAGAUAUUCGUCACUCUUCAAUCAUAUGGGUUAAUAAUAUAGAACAAGAUCACAGCUACAGCACAUGGCCUGCAAGCUAUCAGGAACUGCUAAAACCUGCAUUUCCUGGAGUUAUACAGCAGAUUAGACGCAAUUUAUUUAAUUUGGUACUUUUUGUUGAUCCUGUCCAAGAAGACACAGGUGAUUAUAUGAAACUGGCAGAAUUAUUCUAUCAUCAUAAUGUACCACUUAGAAUUGGAUUUGUUUUCAUUUUAAGUACAAAAGAAGAAAUUGAUGGAAAUGAAGAUGCUGGAAUAGCUCUUUGGAGAACUUUUAAUUACAUUGCAGAGGAAUCUGACACCUCUCAAGCCUUUACCUCGAUAAUUAAUAUGUACCGUGAAGUGAAAGAUGGAAAUGUUCUAACAGUAAAUCAUGUGAAAGAUGUUCUUAGAAGCGAAUACCCACAUGCUGAUGUUCAGAGUAUACUAGAUGUUCAUUCUGAAUACGAUGAAGGGAGGAAGGCAGGAGCAACCUUUUAUAAAAAGACUGGCCUGGGUCCAUUGCCUCAAGCUCUGUUUAAUGGCGUGCCCUUUAACAGAGAAGAGAUGGAUGCUGCAGAGUUAGAGACAGUUAUUCUUCAGAGGAUUAUUGAUGCCACUGGGUUCUUCCAGAGGGCAGUGUUCAUGGGUUUGUUAAAUGAUCAUAUAAAUGCAAUGGAUUUUCUUAUGGAUCAGCACAAUGUAGUUUCCCGUAUAAACCCCACUAUUCUUGGUGCAGAAAGAAGAUACAUACAUUUCAGAUCCACAACUGUUCCAUUUGAUGUGGAAGACUUCUCUACUUUCUCCUUUUUGGACUCACAAGAUAAAAGUGCUGUAAUUUCAGACAACAUGAAGUAUUUAACAAAAAAGGAUGAAGAUGCAUUAUAUGCUGUUACUAUCUGGAUUAUUGCUGAUUUUGAUAAGCCAGCUGGGAGACAACUGCUUUCUAAUGCCUUGAAACACCUGAAAACAAGCAGUCAUAUACGUGUUGGGAUUUUGAACAAUCCUUCAUCAAAAAUAAAUGAAGAUAACACAGCCAUUGCAAGAGGAAUUUUGACUGCUUUUCUAACCCAAAACAACAGCAACUUAAAAAGUUUCCUAAGUAAACUCAGUAAGGAAGAGACAGCAAAAUCCCUUGCUGCUGGGACUAAAAUUGCUAAGUUCCUCAUCCCAGGAAUGGAUGAUGAUACUUUUGAGAAGAAGUACAACACUUUAGGACUGGAUUUAAUUAAAACCCACCAGAUGUUCUGCCAGGAGGUUCUUAAGCUGCGUCCAGGGCAAAUGGCUGUUAUGAGCAAUGGCAGGGUACUGGGUCCUUUAGAUGAAAAUGAAUUCUAUGCAGAAGACUUUAAUUUGUUGGAAAAAAUAACAUACAGUACCUCAGCAGAGAAGAUUAAAGCUAUUGUCAAAGAGAUGGGAGGCAGUAGUAAAAGUGGCAGUGAUUUGAUUAUGAAAAUAGAUGCCCUACUGUCAUCUUUGCCUAAAACAGAGAAUAGACAAGAUGCUGAAUUACUCAAAGAACAGCACAGUGUAGUAAAAGUUGAUCCCCAACAGAAUGAACCAUUCUAUGAUGUUAUUGCUAUUGUGGAUCCAUUGACAAGAGAGGCACAGAAGAUGGCUCAUUUAUUGAUUGUACUCAAAGACAUUAUCAAUGUGAAACUCAGGUUGUUUUUGAACUGCAGAUCUAAGCUGUCAGAAGUGCCACUGAAGAGCUUCUAUCGUUUUGUUCUGGAACCAGAAUUAACUUAUGGGAUCAACAAGCACCUUCCUUCUGAACCUGUGGCAAAAUUCCUAGAAUUGCCAGAAUCACCCCUUUUGACUCUAAACAUGAUCACUCCUGAAAGCUGGUUGGUCGAAGCAGUAAAAAGUUCCUGUGAUCUAGAUAACAUUCAUUUACAGGAUAUAAAAGGGAUGGUUAUAGCAGAAUAUGAACUAGAAUAUAUAUUGCUUGAAGGACAUUGCUUUGAUGUGACAACUGGACAACCUCCUCGAGGGUUACAGUUCACUCUGGGCACAAAGAAUAAUCCUGUCAUGGUUGAUACUAUUGUGAUGGCCAACCUGGGAUAUUUUCAGCUGAAAGCAAAUCCAGGUGCUUGGACACUGAGACUGCGUAAAGGAAGAUCCGAAGAGAUUUAUCAGGUUUUUUCCCAUGAAGGAACAGAUUCUGUAGCUGACCUGACAGAUGUUAUCGUCGUAUUAAGCAACUUCAGAAGCAAAAUUAUCAAAGUCCAAGUACAGAAAAAGCCUGAUAAAAUGAAUGAAGAUCUCCUUACUGAUGGAACGACAAGGAAAAAAGGAAAUCAGGAAUCAGUUACAAGAUUUUCAGAAGAAAUUCCAACAGAAGAGAAGGAAAAGGAAAGUGAUAUUCUUAACAUUUUUUCAGUUGCUUCAGGCCAUUUAUAUGAACGUUUUUUAAGAAUUAUGAUGCUUUCUGUCCUGCGUCAUACAAAAACACCAGUUAAAUUUUGGUUUCUGAAAAACUAUCUCUCCCCAACAUUUAAGGAUGUUAUUCCUCACAUGGCUAAAAAGUAUGGUUUCAAGUAUGAGUUGGUACAAUACAAGUGGCCCCGGUGGCUUUAUCAACAGAUAGAAAAACAGAGAAUUAUCUGGGGCUAUAAAAUUCUUUUUUUGGAUGUUCUUUUCCCUUUGGCUGUGGAUAAAAUAAUAUUUGUCGAUGCUGACCAGAUUGUGAGAAGCGACCUAAAAGAACUCAGAGAUCUAGAUCUAAAUGGAGCUCCCUACGGAUACACACCUUUCUGUGACAGCCGUAAAGAAAUGGAUGGGUACCGCUUCUGGAAAUCGGGAUACUGGGCAUCACAUCUUGGGAAAAGGAAAUACCAUAUUAGUGCCUUAUAUGUUGUGGAUCUUAAGAAGUUCAGAAAGAUUGCAGCUGGAGAUAGGCUUCGGGGCCAGUACCAGGCUCUUAGUCAAGAUCCAAACAGUCUAUCAAAUCUAGAUCAGGAUCUUCCCAAUAAUAUGAUUCAUCAAGUAGCUAUUAAGUCUCUCCCUCAGGAAUGGCUUUGGUGUGAAACCUGGUGUGAUAAUGAAUCCAAGAAAAAGGCUAAAACAAUAGACUUGUGCAACAAUCCCCAAACCAAAGAACCAAAAUUAAAGGCUGCUGCCCGGAUAGUUCCUGAGUGGGUUGACUAUGACUCUGAGAUACGAAAGUUAAUACGGCAAAUUGAAAAAGAGAAGAAAAAUCUAACAUCGUUCUCUCAAAAAGGUCUUAAGCAUGAUGAACUUUAGCACAGCCUGUAAACAGCAAUGGUGACGGCUCAACAGUCUUCUGCAAAAGACUGAAUGGAAGUUACGAAUGUUACACUGGCACUAUUUGUAACAUUCUUUAAUGUGAAGUCAAAUAUUUUAUAACUUAUAGUGUUAUUUAAAAUGUUUUAAAUGAAAUACAAAACCAGAAGAGAAAUCCACAGGUACUUCAUCUUUUUUUAAACGGUGUAGAGAGGCUUUCCUAAUUUCUUUGGUUUUCUUUUCUCUCACUAAAAGACAGUUUGCCCAGAGAAUUUUAGAAUAUAAAGAAUGGUGUCCAACUCUUCAAAGAUAUAUUGUGUCAGUCUGGGGGAGGACACACACAUUAAAUAUGUACAUGAAAACUGUUUCGUGCAUAUUGCAUGCAUUAAGCUAAUGUAUUGAAAUAUAAAGAAUUUUGGUUAUAUGCCCAUAGUUUUCUCCCCGGAGAAAUGCUGUGGUCACAAGAAAAAAAUCUCAGUGUAGCAAAGAUAAGACAUAAAAAAACAGCUUGUGUAAUUUAGACCACAAAAAUCUAAGUCAAUGUGGGAGCUUACUAAAGCAAGGAAUGUCACUUUUCAUUUAUUAUGCAGGAUUGCUGCACUCUUACUAAAUUAAAAAAAUCUUUUUUGAUUCUUAGGCGCCUUUUGGUCACUCAAAUAGUAUGUCAUAAAAUUCCAUUAUGUUUUUUGGUUACGAUGGUUUUCCAAUCAGCAUACAUAGCAUCAGAAGGUCAGUACCUGAAAGCUGUUUCCACUCAGUUUUGAUAAUCAUCAUCCUGUUUAGAAUUGAAAAUAAAAUACGUAAUUUUGACUGUCAGUGGUGUCUCCUGUAAUUUUCUAAAUAUGCAUUCACAAAACUGUUGCUUUAAUGGGCUACUGACAUUUUGAUCCCACAAAAAUGGCAGUGAAAAGUUCUUGCAGUACACAUAUUUUAAAAUAGGGAAUUUAUUUCUUAAACUGAAAUCUAGUGCCUUAAAUACAUACUCUGUUGUUUAGGCUGUGCUUGUUUCAAAAUAGAUUGGAUAUGACCACAAAUUCUUAUAAGAACAGCUUAAUGUAGUCUUUCAGUCUUGGUGCUUGAAAUUAUAAAAGAUAAGGUAAUUGGCACAAAGUGGGUGAAAUCACAAUGAUUUGCAUAAUAUUUCCAUACCAGCAAAUAAUUGAAUAAAUAAUUAAGCAUAUUUUGCAUGUACUGUCAUUGUCCUCAGGUGUUGGUUACUUAAAAUUUCUUACUGUAAGAGCAAGUAUUUAAAAUCAUGCUUUGCUGAUAUUUUACAAGUCUUAGUAAUACAAGAUAUGCAAAUUUUUUUACAGCUUUUUAUAUUUUUCAUUGUAUUACCUUUAUGCAUUUUGAACAGUUUUAACAUCACGUAUGGAUUUUAAAAGGUAUGUUGUGGGCAUUUUCUUUGUAUGAAGUACCCAAUGAAGUAUUUCCUGUGUAACCCAUCAGCAAUAACCAGUAAAUCCUAAUGUCAGUUCUCUUUAGCUAUCCCAUUUCACUGCAGUAUCUGUUAUGCUUGUUCUCUAACAUAUUACUUAAUGAUAUCAGGCAGCAAGUUGAACAUAUUUGAACACAGAACUUUAAGUUGGUAUUUUUAUACCUUAUAGAUGGACUUAUAAUUGACUCAGCAGAUGUAUAUGCACCAUUACUAUAAAUUCAAUGCGUAACAAGGGAACAACUGAUACUGUGUAUCAGAGAAAAAAACCCAUUCUUCUACUGCUUGCUUUUUUUUUUUUUUUCUUUUUUUAAGCUUAUACUUCCAUCCUGAUGCUUUACUCUGCAGCACUGUUUCACAUCAGUCUGCCUUGGAUUUCAUGCUUGAGGUGUAAAUUGGAAAACUUUCUUUUUGCCAGAAGUUAAAGGUUCUUUAUCUGUAAGAAACCUUAGUUCUCUUUAAUUAUGAUUAUCUGUGUGGGAAAUUUCUGUUAUGCAGUAUAAAAAGUGGGUAAUAUAUGCACUGAUUUCUUGUUCAUUUUAUCUGCAGCAUCCUGUUCUUUUUAAAAUUGGAUUACUUCUACAGGCUUUAAAAAAGAAAUAGCUCUUUAAAUACUAUUUCCUUGAGAUUACUUAAAUGAUUAGAAUGUAAUUUUUAGAAGUGUAAUUUGCUGGAGAUAUAUUGAAGUCUUAAAAGGUUUCAUGCCAUUUUCUACAGUGUUGUAUGUAUUUGUAAAAAACGUUUUACAGCAUUUCUUUUUUCUGCAUAAUAAUACAUUCAAGGAAAGCUCUUUUUUGAGAUAUAUAUUGGUUUAUAAAACAGAGUCCAGCAAAUAUAUUCACUACUUUUCAAAGAUCCCUUUAAAGCAGCACUUUGAAUCAUUAACAUAUCAUUAUAUUUUUAAUACCAAACCAAUGGAUUGUAUAUGUUGUACAAGAUAUUAAAAGGUGCCACUGGAAAAAAAAA